GGGAGCGAGCGACUUAGGGGUAAAGAUGGUUGCCAGUGAGAGAGCAAAAGACUCCCGCUUCACCAUCAUGGGCCCUUGGGGGUCGAUCGAGAGGCAGGAGUGAGUCACUGAGUAACGGCAGGAGACACAUGGAGUGAAAAAAAAAAGCACCAAAAAACAAAAAGUAACUAAGGACAACAACGGUUUUAAGGAGCAGCAAAGUCAGGGGCACUCAGGGUGAGCGCAGCACCACAGAAGGGGUCCAUCUUCACCAGGAUUCCGGCUCAUCUGACCGGCAAAGUCAUGAAGAGACCUCAUGACUACAGCUCCCCGGACUCGGACACGGACGAGUUUAUUGAUGUGGGACAGGAAGACGGCUACUGCCCAGUCACAGGGUCCAUGUCCCCUGGCACCGCAUCACAGAUUUUGGCUCGCAAGAAGAGAAGAGGGAUCAUAGAGAAGAGGCGGCGGGACCGGAUCAAUCAUUCCCUGUCUGAGCUGAGGAGGCUGGUGCCCAGCGCCUUUGAGAAACAGGGCUCUUCCAAGUUGGAGAAAGCAGAGAUUCUGCAGAUGACCGUGGACCACCUCAAGCUUCUGCACGCCAUGGGAGGAAAGGGAUACUUCGACGCAAGAGCUAUAGCGGUCGACUACCGGACGCUGGGGUUUAGAGAGUGUGUUGGGGAGGUGGUGCGGUACCUCAGCACAGUCGAAGGGGAGUCUCAAGAUCCGAUAGGAGCAAGGCUUGUUUCCCAUCUUUCUCACUGUGCAAGUGAGUUAGAUCCUCUUCUACACUCACACCCGACCUCCAGUUUGUCCUUUCCACCGUGGGCGUGGGCUUCAUUUCAUCACGUCUCCCCACCAUCCACUGGCACCCCCUCAGCUUCACCCUCUUUCUCCAGUGGAAGGAGAGAGCUUGCCCUUCUUGGGAGCUACCAGUCACCUGCCCCUCUCCGCCUCGCUCCUCUGCCCGGCUGCCAUCAGGUGACACCGCCGCUGCUGCCAUCCGCUGCUCUGGCCACGGUUAACAGGAUGCCGUCCCUUCCAGGGUCCUCAGCGUUAGGACCGUCGAGGCCAACUCAGUCGUCCCCUCACAGUGCCUCAGCAGCCUCACCCCUUCCUCUCCACACCCCUUCCUCCUCCUCUCCACCAACCUCGUCCACCACUUCCUCGGCUACUGCCCCGCCAGUCUCCUUCAGACCAUUUGCACCUCUGGGGUCUCCUGCAGUCCAGCGCAGAAGGGGAUCAGCCAAGGUAGAUCAGGAAUGGGGAACAGAAAUUGGAGCAUUUUAAAUGACCUUUUUGUCAGCCUCGAUCCAAGGAGAGACCCGGGUGUCGUCCCCACAGCGAGAGGACUAAGAAGCCAUAACAGACUGGAAGUUCAUUCAGAAUGGACAAAGAUGAAAGUAUAAAACAUCAUUUACGUUUUUUUGUCAUGUUCUGUAAAUACACCUUAAGCAUUAUUACGCAUAAACAUGUCUAGGGAUUUAAGGAAGUCGUCGGAGAAUGUGUAUUAAGUCAGUUUUUAAUAUGUUUUUUGUGAGGAAUUUAACCUUCACAAUGUGGUCAUUUGAAAGGAAAGUCGCCGCUUUUGCAAGAGUUUUUGCGAUUUCUAAUCCAAUUUUACAUGCAUUAUUGCCGUGCCUGAUAAAUAUUUGUGAAUUGCAGUGAGCAAUGGUUCAAGAGAGGACAUUAAUCUGAACAAGCUACACGUAGCUGCCGUCCCAGUUAUACAUAUAGUACACAUUGUAACACUCAAAAUAGAAUUGUUGCCUUUUGUGUGCCUUCACCUGUGUGUGUCAAAUAAUUUUAUCUCACAGUUUUUUUUUAAUAAUUAUUUGAAAUGCAGAGACAAUUUGAGUGUGAUAUAUACACAAACCUCUCACCGACUAUCAAAGGAAAGAAGAAAACAGUAUAAUUUCUGGCCCCCUAGAGGACAUUCAUUCCCUCUAUGCAUAGGCAGAGUAAACUAAAGAAACACACAGAAGCAUGUCCAACUAUUGCAGCAACUUUUGCUUUCUCACACAGCCCCAAAUAUUUGCUUUGGCAUGAGCAUCCUCUCGUCAAUCUGCCUCACCACUCCCUGUGUUGCAGUCCAAUCUCGAGACCGGUUCCAACUCAGACCCACUUUGGAAUUAAAAUGGUUGACGAAAAAGUGUUUACUAGAUUUUGAUGAUAUGCAAUUCAGAGAUAAACAUAUCUGUGUGGCGAAUUCAACUGUGACCUUUGUACAGCAACCCAAUCAUUUAUACGUAUGUACAUGACCUGUCAAAAGAAUGUAUU